CUCAAUCAGCAGCAGCAGCACCAUCUCCUACCUCUGCUGCCGCUAAUCCUCCUUCUAGCACUAAUCCUCCUCCUUCACUAUCAGAUCUUCCUGUUUUCAAUUAUUCACUUACCCAAAAAACUCCCGAAGAACGUGCUGCCCUUUGCGCACAGAAUAAAAAUUAUUGCACCACAAAUUGUAAUAACAAAGCUCCGAUGAAUUUCUGUAAUAACCAGACUAUGGGUUGGGGAUGUGGUUGUUCAGACAAAGUACCCGAUUUCCAAGCUUAUCAAUGGCCCAUCAAUUAUGCCGACUGCAUAGGUAAAGGUGAAGCAUGCAAGCAAAGCUGCGGACAAACUAACUUUACAUGUAUUCAAGCUUGUUCUGCUUAUUAUUCCAAUAGAUGCGGUAGUCCCAGUCAACCACCAGCUUAUUAUAACACUACUGACGAAAAUACUCCCCCAUCUUAUGCUCCUCCGCCAACUGAUAGUAGUUCUGCAAAUGGUACUUCUCCUA